CUUGUUUUUAUAUAUCUUCUUUGAACCCCCCCUUUUUUAUUUUUUUAUUUUUUUCUUUGGUUAACGUCCAUUUUUUUAUACUUCCAAGAUGUUGGCCAUUAUUUUCUAAUCGUUUUACCCUCAAAAAGUCUUAAUAUCGUAUUGUUGAACCUCGUUUAUCAAUCUCUUAGUGUCAAUCUCAAUAUCCAUGUCUUUCUCAACCUUUGAAUUUGUGUCUCGCAAACACCUCUCCUGCUCAAACGACUCCAUGCUCGGUCCACCUUUCUUCUCAUACACCACAGACAAGCCUUCCACCUGCACCCGUAAAAAAACAAUCCAGAACGACAACAAUUAUUAUCAACAGUAAUAUCAACAAAAUCCAGAACAAAAUUAUUACAAGAACAAGAACAAGAACAAACAAAAAUCUCCAACAGAAUCAAAUUUCCCCCAAAAAAAAACAAACCAAAAAAACAAACAAACCAACAAGAACAAAAGAAUAUUAUUAAGAGAUGACCUAUCAACAACUCUUUGCCCUGAGCGCUGCGCUCACUCAACCAAAUGACAUUUCUGAUGGUCUGCGUAUCCUUGCUGAUGCCUUCCCAGAUCAGUCCCAACUACCAUUCCCAACUUCAGUUGACGAGUGGCUGGCAGAUGAUCUCUGUCACUCUGGCCUCCUGGCCAUGCCACCAAUCGACCCUCUCAGUAUCUUUAAACAGCAGCAACCAAUUCACCACCAGCACCAACAACAACAGCAGCAGCAGCAGCAGCAGAUGUGUUCAAACACUUCUCAGCAUGAUCUUCAGCAAGCAUUGCAACAGCUCUUACCUGUCUCGCCACCUCUUACGGCCAGCCCUCCAAACCUGGACCGCUCUCUUGAAUCACCAGAACACCAGCUUAGGGUCCCUCUCUUCCCAGAGAUCCCUCGCCAGCGUGUCCUGAUGCCCAAGACCAGCACCAAUUGUCCUCGGACGAUUGCACCGAGACCGUCGACAAUGCCUGUCACUGUCGAGUCCAAGAAGCGGUCGGUCGAUGAUAUGAAUAACAACAAGGACGGCGACGACAUUGCUGUCAAGCGCCAGAAGAACACCGAUGCUGCCCGCCGCUCAAGACUUAAGAAGCUCAAGCGUAUGGAGUGUCUGGAAGAACGUGUAAGCGAGCUCGAAACUGACAAUACUCGUCUCACAACCCGCAUUGCUGUAUUGGAGUCUGAAAAGUCAGGUCUGGAAUCUAAGGAUAGAGGUCUCGAAGAGAGAGUCCGUAUUCUCGAACAGCAGCUGGCAGAAGCACAUAGAGCAUUGACAAACAAUCGCUAAAAAAAUUAUUAUUAUUAUUUUUCUUAUCCUUAUCUUUAUAUCUUUAUCUGUUUUUUUUUUUUUGCUAUUUUGUUUUUCUCUUGUAAUUUUUUUUUCUAAAAAAAAAAAAAAAAGAUAAUAAUACAAAAUACACUCAAAUAAAUGAAUAUUACUACUAUCAACUC